UUUUGUAGGUUUGAUAUGAAACCUUCAAAGAAUGAAAAUGAGGUGGCAUCCAUUGUGAAAGCUACUACCAAAUAUGCAUUUGUUGCACCAGGUGCUAUAGGGAAGGGACGAGGGAGAGGGCUUAAAUCUAUAUACUCUUUAGGGGUAUCUGGACCAGAUAUUCUAUCCUCUCAAUCUACUGAUCAAGUUAUGCAGUACAACCAAAUUGUUGAAACGAGUGCAGUAGCGAAGGGACGAGGGCGAGGGCUUAGAUCUCUGUGUUCUUUAGGGGUAUCUGGACUGGGACCAACGAAUAAAAAUUCAUUGGUUCUUAAGAAAGGGCAUGUGCAAACUGAUAUUCCAUCUUUUUCAUCUAUUGAUGAUGUUAUGCAAUACAUCCAACAAAAUUCAAUGAGUGCUCCAGGGAAGGGACGAGGGCAAGAACUUAGAUCUAUGUGCUCCCUUGAAGAGUAUGAAAAUGAGGAGCGAUCCUUCCAUCAGAAUGCUCAUUAUGCCAGUCAAAGUAUGUCAAGACCUUCUAAGAGCACCAUGUUUGCUGCUCAAGGAUUGCGAACAAUGAAUAAAAACCCUUUGGUUCAUGACAAAGAGAAUAUGAAAACUAAUAUUAUGUUUUCUCCUUCUGAUGAUCAAGUUAUGCAAUCCACCCAAAAAGUGGAAACAAGUACUCUAGGGAAAGGACGAAGGCGAGAGCUUAGAUCUAUGUGCUCCUUUGAAGAGUCUGAAAAUGAGGAACGAUCCUUUCAUCAUAAUGCUCAUUAUGCAAGUCAAAGCAUGUCAAGACCUUCUAAGAGUACAAGAUUAGACACAACCAUGUUUUCCGCUCAAGGAGUGCAAACAAAGAAUAAAAAUUCUUUGGUUCAUGACAAAGAGAAUAUGCAAUCUGAUAUUCCAUUUUCUCCUUCUAUUGAUCAAGUUAUGCAGUCCACCCAAACAGUUGAAACAAGAUAAAUUUGAGAGUGAUGACAUGGAUAUUCAUCGCAAUCAUAUUUUGGGAUGGAUGAAAGAGUUAUGGAACAAAUGGAGAGGACAAUUGCAUGCAAAGUAUGUACAAGAGGCUCUUAAGCAUGUGCCCAAGGGGGUAGACAAGAAACAAUGGGAGUGGUUGGUAAAGGAAUAUUUUUCUACUGAAAGUUUUCAGGCGAGAAGUAACAGGAAUGCAGCAAAUAGAACUAAGUUGAAGAUGCUUCAUCAUAUUGGUAGCAAGCCAAUUAGAGAGAUUAUUUAUCAAAAGGCUCAAAUCAAGGAAUUGGUGCAGUCCGAACCGUCACUUCCUA